AUGCCGGCCACCAAAAUGCGUUCUCGCCCACAAGUCUACCCACGACUAGCCUUCCAUCUUGUGCGAGCUAUCGCCUUGAUCAGCGCGUCCAUCGUCAGCGGCAUCUUGAUCUACUUUUGCGUCCAGCUGCGGCAUGACGGGUUCAAGUUGCCCUGGACGUUUAUCAUCGUCCUUGCGUCAACGCUACUAUCCCUACUCUCCCUCUUCUUCACCUCGAUCAUCUACACAUGCUUCUUCCUCUCACCCAUCUUCUCCCUCGUCCUCAACGUCACGGUCCUGAUCCUCUACCUCGUCGGCUACACCCUCCUGACAUGGAACAUCGUCGGCACGCUCGGCCACACGUGCAGCCGCGCCAACUGGGCCAGCGACGACGGCAUGAUGAUCUGCCGCACGUACAAGGCCUUUUACGCGUUUGAGUUUUUGGGAGUGUUGGCCCAGAUCGCCCAGAUCGUGCUGGACGUGCGGAGCCGGCACAACCAGACAAAGCUGGGCCGGUAUAAUAGGAUGGCCGACAUUGCGGCGAAAGGUGGUGGGGACGUCAAGCUCGAUGAUUUGCAUAAUCGCACUCGGUCGCAGUCGGCGAGUGAGCGCGAGCCGCUGGGUACCCACGGGCAUGGACACGCCCACUCACAGGAUUCUGUCCCCUACGGUAUCGUCGACUACAAUGAAUCACAUGCACAUGCUCGAUUGAGGGAUGAUAAUGCGGCGGCGGAUUUGAGCUAUGGGCACCACCCAGCGAUGAGGAUGGACGACUUUAGGAACGACGGCGCGACGAGCGGGUAUACGGCGUAUUGGCCGCAACAGACACAGACAGGCUACGCGAACAACGGAUACGGGUAUGGUCCUCAGCGAUGA